CUGAUUGGUCACAUUUCCACAGGCGGAAAGCGGGAUCGCGUUGUGAUUGGCUGAUGCGUGUGACUGGUGGUUGGAUUCGUAAAACGGAUUCAUCAGAGUCCCUGCAGGGCGCCGAGCGACAUGUCUUGUUUACGGUGAGGAUCGACCCCGCGGCCCAGCUCAGCGGCUCCGAAUUAACAUCCAUCCCAAAGGCCAUACAAAUAGUUUGUCCAAUGGAUGAAGAUGCCAUUCCCCACAAUCCUUUCUGUAGUGCACCUCCCCACAGUGAACCUCCACCACCUCUCCUCCCCCUUUCCUCCGUCACUCCCAGCUGUACGAAUGAUGAAAUAUCUGGACACAGGAGGAGUGGUCGUAUUCAAGGGAACAGAGCUCAAACACCUAAAAAGCAGAGCACCUCAGAUGGUGAAGCGACUCCGCAAACAUCUAGACAGAGUCCGUCCCCCGGCAAGAGACAAAGAGAGAGUGGAAGCAUGGUGCAAGUGUCCCAGUCCAAGCAGCUGAAAGUAGAAUGCACACAUGUAUAUCAGAAACAAAACAAGGAUGGAUUUGAUAUUAGUCUUGCAGCAGAGCACCAAAACCCACAAAAAGACCAGAAAAGCUCCUGGAAUGAACCAAAAGUCUCUGUUGCAGAAAAUGUAGUCGAGCAGGUGGCUGACAACACCACACAGAAUCCUGAUGCUUCUAAAUCUGACAUGGGUUCAUGGGGGGGCUUGGCUGUUGAACAUGCUGUUGAAGAUGUCUCUGCCCCAAAGGGGUGGGUCAUCGGGCCAUUGUUUCAGUCAUUCAAGUCGAAGAUGGCCAGUUUCACAGAGAUCGUCAUGAGUCCUGUUAAACUCUUCAGAGCUAAUAGUCCCCCGCUGUCCAUGGACCACGGAGCAGACGGAACAUCCGAUGAUGAGCUGAGCAACAUGUUUCAGCCAAUAGGAAAAAGUGAGACUGGGAAUCAGGAGGAUGAAGUUUAUCAACAGAGGCUUAGUAAUGAAGAAGUUGCACAAAAUGUGCCAACCAGCUCCCUUAAAUAUUCAAGAAAAUUAAUGUUUGACAUGAACAACUCUGAAGAGGCAGAAGAAUGUGCAAUAACUCUUACAGAAAAAAACUUGCCUGAUUCUGGGCCUUUGCAAGACAUUCCCGGAACCUGCAGUGUCUCUAAACAAGUUUUAGAAUCUGUUGGGUCAGUCGUCAGGUGCUCCACACUGUCGCAGGCCUCCCUCACUUUAAGUGCCUCACAUGAAUCCACUUUGAAGACGUCCAGUGCAGUGGAGGUGCAAGGAAAACAGGCUGUCCGUCCAAAACCACUGCUCAGAAAACGCACAGGAAAUAGAUCUGAAUUUAAAAAAGUUAUCUCCAAGCCUUUAACAUGGGAGGUCAAAAAAGAACAGUCAGAACCAGAGGUCAGUGACGAGCAGCUUUCUCAAAGAAGCUCAGUCCAAUCAAACAAAGCCGACUUGACUCAGUUGUCAUCUUCUUCCGUCUGUCAGCUUGACACAAACAGUCCUCAGCCUGAUGAUAAUAUUACGAACAUUGAAAGUUGCAGCUUGGAGAGACAAAGCCUCUUUAAUAACUUGAAUGACAGUGCUACUGGAAGGACACUGAAAUCCACGUUAGAAACUCGGCAGCUGGAAAGUCAGAUAAACCCUGACACUGUUGAAGCUGCAGGUGUUGGGCGCUCAAAGAGGGGGCUGAAACUUUUUCAAGAAACGGUGAAGAGGAAAAAACUGAAGGAUUAUACGUGUUCAGAUGAUAUAAAAAACCAGAAGUCUUUAAAGGUGGUUGCAGAGAAUGGCAUAUUAAGGGGGCUGAGACCAACAAGGAAGGAAGUUGGGUUAAUGAAUACCACUGUAGACGGGGAAGAAACACUGAAGCCUCUUAGAAAAAGACAGGCUGCAUCAUCAAGAGCAAAUAGGAAAGGAAAGGUUGGACAAGAAAUGCUUCCUGUGAUAAAUGAAGCCAUGUCAAACACACAGAUGGAAAACUCCCCUGAUGCUAUGUUGGUUUGUUCACUGGAUAAAAGCAGUUGUGUGUCAGAGAAUCACCAAAAUGGCAGCAGCAGGACGAAGCCCAGUGACUCAUGCAAAAGACUUAAAACAAGGUCAGGUUAUGGUAAACCUGAUGUGAACAUUGACAGUAUGGAUCUGGAAUCCACUGUGGCAAUCACCUCUACUAGACAAGGGCAGCUAGAGCCGCUUUCCGACGUUUUCAUCCAUCCUGAUAAAAAGCAGCUUCAGAGCAAGUGCAGGAACACAACCAAAAAACCAAUAAAACGGAAAUCGCCAAUCCAGGCGAGUUCAAAGACAGAAUCAGACAGCACUUUGGUUUCUAACCUGUCAAUACAAUCAGUGGUGCCCUUUGAACUCACACCCACAGAUUCUAAAGCCUCUCCGCCCAUUCAUAGGGAGGAGAUCUUGAAAACAGGACUGAACCGUCACAGUGAAAGACCCAAAAAGGCUUAUAGAGGUGCUGUUAAAUCUUCUGAGUCAAGUGAGACCCAGGAGUCAAAGCAAUGUUUUGAUAACCUUCAUUUGAUAACCAAAGACUGCCAGUCUAAAGGCGACAAAGGAAAAAGCACAGUGGACCCAGUGUAUUUUGAAAUGACGCCUUUUGAAUGUAAUCCCCAACCCGAUUCUUCCUUCGCUCAGUCUCAUUUAGAGUGUUUCGUACAAUUAAAUAAAAGGGUCAAGCGAUUCACAGACGGCGGUGCAAAGAGUCCUCCUGUGCCAGAUGAGGUGUUGCUCUCUCCCACUGAAGCCAGUAAUCGCUGCAGCGUCAGUGUCUCUAGAUUAAGGUUGAGUACAGGAAGAGUUAACAUUAAGCCAAGGAGAGCAGAUAACCAGAGGAGAAGGUGCAGAGUUUUGCGAAGUAGGACACGUAAAGGUGAAGAGAUGACUAACUCCAUCACAAUGGAGGAUGCAGAUCUGGUUACAGGGGGUACUCGCUCGUCAGAAAAUGACUUCACAAGGGGCCUGUUGCGCAGCUACUCGUGCCCAGAGAUCCUCUCCCUCCACCUCUGUGACACGCCCUGGACGACGUCCGUGCAUUCCCCACAUCACAGCAGGACUCACUCGUCCCACCAGCAUCAGUCUUCCCAAACCCCUUCUGUCCCUCACACCAACAAGUUCCUUCGACGAGCUCGCCGCCACACAGUCUGCAGCAUAGAGGUGGAGAGGGAGAUCGCUCCCUUAUGUCUUCGUAAGGAGGUGUACCCAUCCAGAAGGUCUGCCCAGUAUGACAGCGUCAACCACUUCCCUUGUGCCACACUUUCUCCCAGCACUUCCCUCUCUGUUCUUGCGUCCUGUUUCCUCUCAAGCCCACUGGCUUUCCUAUCCAAGAAAGUUGACAGCAGAGGAGCCGCUGCCAGCCCCAGCACUUCCUGUCACAUUUCCUCUCCCAUCUCCUCUUUGCUGACGUCCCCAGUGGGCUCCUCCACAAGGCACCUUCCAGGAUUCCUUCAAAGAAACGACUCCUCUCUUGCUACCUUGGAUUCUUGUAUCAGUGGAAAUCCUCUGGAGUGUGAGACUAAGAGGAGACAACAGAGUGAGGAGGAGGACGAUGGUGAAGACACAAGUUCAUCCAGUCACGAGUAUGAAGAUGUUGGGUUAAGAGAGGAAAAGGCUCUGUCUGAUUCUGAGAUCAAGGUGGUGCAAAAGCGCGAGGAACGAGGGAAGGUUUCAUCCAUCAGAAUUCGGAAAACUUUACCCAAACCUCAGAAUAACCUGACACCCAUGGGCCUACCCAAACCCAUCAGGCUGAAAAAGAAAGAGUUCAGCUUGGAAGAAAUUUACACCAAUAAGAAUUUCAGCAAACCCCCCGAAAGCCGGCUGGAGACCAUAUUCGAGGUGCCUCUCAAUCGCCGGAAUGGUUCCGAGUCCUGGUUUGGCCAGAGACGUUUCAAACGCUUUUUAGAGUUCCUGGAGGUUGGUGAAGCCAGAAAACCAAAGAGGCCGCUAGUUGGUGUGGGAAAGGCCACGAGUUCAUCUUCCAGGACGAGACGAGGGGGCUUCACAAAAGACGAGCCAUCCCUCAGUGUGCAGGAUGUGGACUCACUACUCUGUGCCAAGCUGGAUCAGCUGAAGUUGUGGUUGAUACAUGAUGAUGAGAGAAAGACAGCUGCAUCUACAUCUUUUUAAAAAGUCACUGCAGUGCUGUUCAUAAGACUCUUUCUAAUGUAUUUUCAACAUGAAGAUUCACAUGCGAGUCUUUUAGCACAAUCAGUGUUUUAAUGUUGUAGUGUCAUGUUUUUAUUGAAGAAUGGCAUUUUUUAUUCUUUACGAUGUAGCCUGCAAUUUGAAGAAUAAGUCAUAGCACCAUAAAUGUAUUUCAUCCCAGAAGUUAUCAACAUGCUGGUUUAACGCAUUAUACAGUAAGUAGCUUUAUCGUCAUUAUAGCACUCAAACUACUACCGUCCGUUUCCCCUGUCCGCCACUUUACCUCCGCGGUAUUCUCAAUGUAAGCACGUGUAUGGUAUCACCGUAUUUUUUCCAUUUUGCUCCAUCUCAGACUUCCACCUAGAGCAUCGCAAAUCUGCACAACCUCCCUCCCUCAUCACAUUACUGUAACGCUGUCUGGUUUGAAAGGCAGCCGUCUGUUAAAGAAGUGGUGUUGAAGCAUAGUUGUAAGUUCUUUUAUAAAGGCAGCUAUUUUUAAAAGUUAAAUGCUGAAUAUAACUUUGAAACAUGCCAGCAAGAGAUUUGUUUUGCCCUGCAAACCAAUUUGACAACUACGUUUCUGUGAAGUCUGAAUACAAAUUGGUAAAAUCGUUUUAUUCUGCUCAGGGCCGACCCUGUUCAAUCAUACAAUUAUUUGUGUUUGUAAAUUUAUGGCUGAAGAGGUUUUUGUUGUAUAAAAUGUAACAUGGAAGCAAAUCAGCACUCCAGAGAGUGUUAAUAGUGUCCAGAUUCCACUGCUGAUUGUGUUUUUAUUACCUGUGGUUCUCUCUGGAUUGUUUUCUGGUGUCUAUAUUUUUAUUUCAAAUGUAUCUUCUUGACAAAUUUAAUUUUCUUCUGCCAAAUUAAAAUAAAGUUGCCUUAACUGUAAGAUUUUGUUUAAAUACAUGUUUUGCAGGCAUAUGUAUUUGUAAAUGUCGCUGUUUCUUAGGUGGGCACAUCAAGAUGUUUCAAACAUUGGAGAGCACUUAAGUUUUAGUAAUUUUUAUUAUAAAAUUGUCUCUGUUACAUGUAUGUAUAUGGUACAGCAUAUUGAUACAUUCAAUAUUAAUAAACUUAAUACACUUACAAUGCAAUAAUGCCAAGAUAAUGUUGGUACAACAAGAGCAGGGUCUCCUAAUGUUCUGACGAAGCACUGCCAUGAUCUCUGCCUUUUCAUAUUUACAACAGACCCAGUCCUCCAUCAAUACGUUUGUUAUGAGUGUUAAAUUGUAAUUGCAAUUAAAAUAUUAAGGAUUGGGUCAUUACUUAGGAAUUUCUAAUCUUUGAUAUAUGUGUCAAGUUGUUUCAUGUCUCAAACUAUCAGCAAUGUUAAAUUUUGUAUGGUGAUUUCGAUUUGUCCAUAUAUAUUAAAUAAAUAUUUCAGCGUGUAAGAAAAGCUAAAUUGUUAACACUAUUUUCUUGAGUGGUUUCUUUGUGUAAAAUAUGAGGAUGUAUAAGCAGAAGCAGAGAAGGAAACCUGGAAAGCAACACACGAAAAGCUAUAGCAGUGUUUCCUUUUGUGUUGCAUGUAAAUACCAGUUUCUUCACGUCUCCGUGUUUUAUAGCAUGAGCACCCAGUCCACUGUCCAAAGUCAGAAAGAGCCACUCUGUCUGUUAUUGUCCAUAGAGGUUGAACAAAGUCAAUCAGUUUUUCAGAGUUGCAAGAUAUGAGACCAGCGCCAGCAGCACGGGGAUUGAGGCCAAACAGCAAAGCCACACUGCGAUGGACCAGAUGCUUAAUUUUCUUGCCUGUCUUAAAAACA